GAGAGGGGGGUGUGUGUGGGGGAGAGGGAAAGGAGCCAGAGGGUGGUGAAGGGUUACAGGAGGUCUUGAGAGAGUUGGAGAGAGAACAUUUUAGCACUGUGCAGUUGGCAGCUUCUCUCUCUCUCUCUCUCUCUCUCCUCAGUGCAUAAGGGGUGGUUCAAGCAAUCCCUCUCCCACACACUGUGUGUGUGUGUGAGUGAGUGUGAGAGAGAGCCCUGGGGAGGGAGGGGGAGACUGGCAUCCCUGGGAGAAUGCUCCCUCUGGCUCUCCUGUCCCUGCUCCUGUCUGUCUGGGUGUCUGCCUUCAACCUGGAUGUUACCCACACGAUUCUGAAGGAGGGACAGAAAGACAGUCUGUUUGGUUUCUCAGUGGCUUUGCACAAACAGAACAGCCCACAGGCUCUCAGCUGUGUCCUGGUGGGAGCUCCUCUCGCUAAGGGAUUGACCCAUCAGUUGGCCAAUCGAACAGGCGGCCUCUUCAACUGCCCCAUCAUUACGGAGGAUGACAAAUGUGAUCAAGUCGACAUCGACAAUGAGGUGGACCUGACCAAGGAGAGCAAAGAGAACCAGUGGCUGGGAGUAACAGUCAAAAGCCAAGGAGUUGGUGGAAAGGUGGUGACGUGUGCUCAUCGGUAUGAGUCCAGGCAACGUGUCCAUCAACAAGCAGAGACCAGGGAUAUGAUCGGUCGUUGCUACGUCCUCAGUCAGGACUUAACCAUCAAGGAGGAGCUGGACGGAGGAGACUGGAAGUUCUGUGAAGGGCGUACUCAGGGACACGAGCGUUUUGGCUAUUGCCAGCAGGGCAUCUCUGCCGGCUUCACCUCCGACAAUCAUUACAUCCUGUUUGGAGCCCCUGGGACGUACAAUUGGAAAGGUAAUAUCCGGACUGAACAGCUCAGUUAUUCAUCAGUGCACUUGGGCAUUUAUGAUGAUGGGCCAUAUGAGACAGGAGAUGAGAGGAGACAGGAGGCUGAGCUGGUUCCAGUGCCCGCACAUAGCUACUUAGGGUUCUCUGUAGAUUCAGGUGACCGUCUGACACACCAGGGGCUGAGUGUGGUGGCCGGGGCACCCAGGGCUAACCACACGGGGGCUGUGGUCCUACUGAGGAAGGAGGGUGUCAACAGACUCGCUCCGGAACACAUCCUGUGGGGCGAGGAGUUGGGAUCAUCGUUCGGCUACUCUGUGGCUACAGCUGAUCUCAACAGCGACGGUUGGACGGAUCUCAUCGUCGGAGCGCCCUACUUUUUCGACCGUAAGGAGGAGAUCGGAGGAGCGGUGUAUGUGUACAUCAACCGGGGGGGCAGGUGGGACAGAGUGAAGAGACUCCGACUGAACGGAACCAAGGACUCCCUGUUCGGUUUGGCCGUGGCCAGUGUUGGCGACGUCAACCAAGAUGGGUUUGGAGAUAUUGCUGUGGGAGCUCCUUACGACGGCCACGGGAAGGUUUACAUCUAUCACGGCAACAACUUUGGUCUGAACGUCACACCUGCUCAGGUGUUGGAAGGAGAAGCUGUUGGAGUGACUAGGUUCGGAUACUCAGUGGCUGGAGGACUUGACAUGGAUGACAAUUUCUACCCAGAUGUGGUUGUGGGGUCACUCUCAGACUCUGUGGUUCUAUACCGAGCCCGGCCGGUCAUAAACGUGACGAAGAGUGCCAUCAUCCGUCCCCAACAAAUUGACCUGGAACAGGAAAACUGUAAAGGAAGAUCAGGCAUCUGUAUUAUUAUCCAGGCCUGUUUCGCUUACAGUUCGAAGCCUGAGAACUACAACGCCAGGAUUGUGCUGGGCUACACGGUUGAGGCAGACGGGUUGAGGAGGAGACAAGGGGCCGUGCCCCGCAUCCAUUUCCUGCAGAAGAAACCAAACGACCUGGACAACCAGUAUUCGGGCGAGAUCGAUUUGAGGAGCCAACACACACAGAGCUGUGUGUCCGUCAAAAUGAAACUGCAGGAGAACAUCAGAGACAAACUGAGGCCGAUUCCUGUGACCCUGACCUACACCAUCAAACAGGUCAAGAGGAAGAAGAAGAAACAUGCUGCGAGGCAGCUGACGAGCCUGAUGCCCGUCUUGAAUGCCCAGGAGUCAAACGUGCUUCUGAACGAGGUGAAUUUCCUGAGGCAAGGGUGCGGAGAGGAUAAGAUCUGUCAGAGUAACCUUCAGCUCAGUUACAGCUACGGCACAAGAAUCGAGGACCAAGGCUUCCAGCCGUUACCUCUGGAUGAGCACCGUGAGGACUGGCAGCUGUUCACCCUCAGUGACCAGAAGGACAUCGCUAUGCAGAUCACGGUCACUAAUCUGCCCUCAGACCCCAGGGAUCCGUCCAGCGACGGGGACGACGCACACGAAGCCAUGUUGAUCGCCAGUUUCCCCGACUCACUUUCCUUCUCUGCCUUCCGUGCUCCUCAGGAACAGCAGGUGGUUUGCGUGGCCAAUCAGAACGGCUCCGAGGCCACCUGCGAGCUGGGCAAUCCGAUGAAACGGGGAGCGCGGGUCACCUUUUACCUGAUCUUAAGUACAUCUGGAAUCACCAUCGAAACCACCUCUCUCCCCGUUAUCCUGCAACUCACCACUAUCAGUGAGCAAAGCGGCUUAGACCCGAUCACAGCUGUGGCUCAUGUGGUGAUCGAGCUCCCACUGUCCCUGUCUGGGUCGGUGACCCCUCACCAGGUAUUUUUUGGGGGUCAUGUGGUGGGUGAGAGCGCCAUGAAGAGGGAGGAGGACGUGGGGAGCAGUGUGGACUAUGAGUUAACGGUCCUGAACACAGGCAACGCCUUGAAAACACUGAGCUCCACCUUCCUGAACAUCAAUUGGCCGCAUGAGAUCAGCAACGGGAAGUGGCUGCUGUAUCCCUUGAAAGUGGAGCUGGAGGGAGACAUCGGGACCAAGUGCAAACAAACCGAGGACAUCAACCCUCUCGGGCUGACACUCAGUCAGAAUUCCCGGGUGAAGAGGGAGGUGGAGAGUGAGGAGGAAGGAGAGGCCACGGAGACCAGACCCUCACUGGCUCAUCAGACAGACUCCAGGAAGAGAAUAACAUUGGACUGUGAGUUGGGGAACGCCAACUGUGUUGUUUACCAGUGUCCCCUACAAAUGCUGAACAUUUCGACCAGAGUGAAAAUAAGGGCACGUCUGUGGAACAGUACCUUUCUGGAGGAAUACGCUAAUGUGCGAGGGAUAGAGCUGAUCAUUCGCGCCGUCAUCAGCGUCCAAUCCUCAAUCAAAAACUUGAAGGUCAAGGAAUCAAGAGCCCAGGUUGCCUUAACGAUAUACCCAGAGAAAACGAUUGGAGAAUAUGGAGGUCUAUCCUGGCUAAUCAUUCUCAUAGCUGUUCUGGCAGGAAUCCUAGUCCUGGCUCUACUUGUGUUCCUGCUUUGGAAGUGCGGGUUCUUCAAACGGUCGCGUUACAACGACACGGUGCCUCAGUAUCACGCGGUGAGGAUAGGGAAGGAGGACCGGCAGCUCCACCUGGACGAGAAGCAGACCCGCUAUCAAAAGGACUGGGUGACACAUUGGAACGACAGCGAGGCCUACUCCAGAGCCUAAUUUAUUUUUUUAUACACUUUCAAUAAUAAUAAUUAAUAAUUAAUUACGC